UUUCAAUUUGCUUAUAACUCAAAAGACUGAUGGCUAUGUUAAGUGACCUGAAAUAGUGUUUCUAUUUAUCGCACAGCAUAACGUUGUUGUUUUUUCUUCUUUGAUGCGUGUUAGUAAAGUAUACCUGGCAUUUAAAACCUGAUCAGAAGUAUUUUCAACUCGAGGAUGCAAACUUUUGCACCUGUAUGAUUCCUGAAACCCCGAGGGAUUCCCUGAAGGAGAAAACGGAAGCAGGAGUUAGGACAGGUUUUGCACGUGGCACUUGGUGAUGCCAGGAUGUUAGAAGAGACGUCACUCAAAGCCAGUCACCAUGGAAACACCAGAGCAGAUCCCAGAGGAAGUGAUGAAGAUGAAGAAGAGAAGCAAACAUGUGUUGAUAUGAACCCCCAAAGUGGUCUCUACCUGCAGUCCUCUGAGACCUGCUUUCCUUCGAGAAGCUCUCAACUGCAUGAUGAUUUGAAGGAGUUCUCGGAGUGCUCGUCCAUUGGAGACUUAAGCCAAGAUGCUUCCUUCUCCCUCGAGAGCUGCAUCAAGCUGGAAAGAAGGUGGAUGCUGUGGUACGAAUUCAAGAAAGAGCUCUCCUGUUUGGAUGACUGGCUUCGAUCAGCUGAGAAAAUGGCAGCAUCCCCAAACUCCAGCCAUGUGCUGUAUGUAACAGCAAAAGAGGAGUUACAAAAAUAUGAGAACCUGCGUGCUGAGGCCAGGAUACGUUUAACCCAGCUGGACGGACUGACCCAGAGGAGUCGAACUCUGGUUGGCCUGUUCAGAGGUGCUAUGGGUGCACGGCUCAUGGAAAUGAUAAAGGACUGCGGACAGCGCUGGGAUCAGCUCAGCAACACUGUGGAGACUGUGUGCCGCAGGUUGAAGCAUUUCGUCUGCCAGCGGGAGGAUUUUGAGAGGCAGAGGGAAGAGAUGGCAGUGUGGCUGGUUGAUCUGGACCUCCGGCUGACUGAAGUGGAGCACUUCUCAGGCAAAGACACCUGCUCGAAGAUGCACCAGCUUCAGGGGUUUCAAGAGGCAGUUGAAGAGAGUGCGGGUCGACUGAAUGAUCUGCUCCAGCAUGGAGAAGAGUUGAUCCAAAGAAGCGAGCCGGCUGAUGCCCAGGCCAUCGAGAACCAGCUGCAGGAACUCCUGCUCCACUGUACCCGUGUCUUUCAGGGCCUGGGCCAUCUGCACACGCGCCUGCUCAGCAUGAGACUGGUUUUUGAGGAGGACUGGGCUCUGUGCGCCCCUGACUCUGGCUGUCCGUCUGAGAGUAUGCUGGAGGAUGAGUGUUUUAUAGACCGCAGCAUGGCUCCUCGGUCCAGUCAAGAUCACCUGGUCCUGGAGUGGGACCCUUCAGUGGACAUUGGUGGUUCAAUCUCUCAUGAUGGCACCGACUCGUCCUCUUUCAGUGCAGCUGCAGGUGUGCCUUACACAGAUGAACCAGCCAAAUAUGCUGUGAGGAGAAGAGUCUACAUGGGUCCUGUGGACUCGCAACCAGACAAUGCUGCAGUCAGUGUCAGUGUCAAGCAGCCAGGCAUUAAGAAGAGCUUAGAGAAUGCGGCCCCACCCCAGAGGCCAGUGCCAGUCAUCAGAACUGGCAAGCAUGAGUACGCCGGACCAUUUAAAACUAGGGCCACACCUGAAACGAGGGCUCCUGAAUCUGUGACCUUUGACCCUGAGCGCAUCAGUGCUUGGCUGGGCCAGACACAUCAACUUUGUUCUAAAGCUGUACAGACAGAGCAUGAUCCACAGGCGCGCUCCAGUUUUUCAUCUCUGCCAUUCGGAAAGGAGGAGGAAGGAGAGGAGUAUCAAGAGAGCGUGCUCCCCCAGAGACGCCCCCACCCACCGCACACGUGCUUCACCCCCUGCCCAUCCCAGUCAUGUGACCUCCAGCAUCACUCUUACCAACGUCACGAAGACCCACAGAGGCAGCAGGAGAGACUUUGUUUCCCUGACUCUUUGGAGGACAACACCCAUGCAAAGUCGAGUCGUGAACUGUGUGGACCGAAGGCUUCUGCUGGCAGCUUAUGGCACAGUGACUCCUGGCUUUUGGGGCCCUUGAGGUUUUUUAACAUGCGAAAGGCCUCGGCACCCCUGCUGGUCCUCCUAUUUGCCCUGUUGCUUGCUGUGGUGAUCUGGCCCCUCAUCAUGCUCUACAAUACCUCAUGUCAUCAGUCCAAUACUCUGACCCGCUCAUUUCACUUGGCCCUACAUUACAAAGGACCCCCUCCCACCUGAGGACACAAGCAAUAAUGGCAAAAAGUUUAGUAAGCGCACUCGGGAUUGUUUUGGGGUUGUUGUUGGUCUAUAUAUCCAUUUAGAUGCAUGACCAGGGUUGCUUUGGUCAUGGAUUGUACAAAAGUGUCCUUAAGUGCCAUCCAUAAGAUUUAAAUAUGGUCGGACUCGAGGCCAUCAAAACUUAGUGCAAGCUAAUAUAACAAUUGCACUUAAUUCUGCUCCGACACAAAUUUUCUCACAAUGUCAGAGUGAGUUGUAUAGAACUAAAUUGAUUUGACAGCUCUGGGAUCAUCUCUGUUUAAAACUGCCAUGCUGAGCAUGUGUUCUUGAAUUUUUGACUGACGGAUUAAGCUUUUUUGGCCAACCAGUUAUUUAUAGGUUUGUUAGAGGAAAAAAAAUUAUAAUAAUUUAUAAAAAAGCAGAUUUGGUUGUGAAUGAAAGGGGUGUGUGUGUAUGCGAGUGCUUGCUUUAAGAUUUUUUUGAUAGUUUAAAAAAUAGUUUUGUACAGAAAGAAUAUAAUUGAACAUUUGUUACUGCAUUACAAUAUGCAAUAUUUGAUCAAGAACCACUGUGCUGUAUACUGUAAUCGCUGUAACAUUUAUUUUAAAAAAAGGCAUUCUGCACUGUACUGUAUCUAUACUGAUUGCAUCAGUCCAAUGAAGAAGACACACAAGCAAGCUUUAAAGCGAGUCCUUGAGCUCAUCAAGAAUUGGUUUUGCACUGUUUUCCACUUUUUAUGACUUGUGAAAUAAAAGAGAUGAGUGAAAACAAGUGGCUGGCUGUGGAUGGUGACA